AUGCUCGACGUGUAUGCGCUGGCUUGCGUGGUUGUUCUUUCAGCGGUGACGGCCUUGAACAAUGACCUGCAUUUGCACCUUCUGCCCGCUGGGUGGGUGCUAUGCUCGCUGACUGUGCCAUGGGUUGUUCUCCGGCCACACAAGCCAUCUUGUCGUCAUGGGCCACAGGACCUAAACCCUAAGCCACUUAUAGCCCUAUAUCACCCCAAUGUAGCUCCUAUAUUACCGCUACAUAGCCCCUAUAUAACCCCUAUAUACCAUUGGACGGACCGCUGCAGCUGA